CCAUAGCUUAAGAGGAGACGAUACUAGGUAGUUGGAGUAAAGCUUUUCAAUUUAAUAACAAAAUAAAAUGAAAAUUUCAAUGCUCAUUCCAAAGCUAAUAACUUGAGUGGAUUGCUCAUAUACGUCAAAUCCACUUCCAAUUGUCGUGUUGGGGAGGGAAGAAUUUUUUCCAACACUCGUGAAUUGCGUGCAGUCGUUCAUUUCAACAUCCAUCGAAUUGCAUUUUAAAACCUGAGAAGCAGGAUAAAUUUCGUUAUUCAGAAAUGGGAUGCUCGACUUCCACUCCAGGGAAAGUGUCAGGGCGUGCCCGCGGUUCAACUCUUGAGAACACUGGUGCAUCCGACCCCAAAAACUUACGGAUUAAGUUAGUUCUUUUGGGUGAUUCUGGUGUUGGGAAAAGCUGCAUAGUUUUACGUUUUGUGCGUGGCCAGUUUGACCCUGCAUCAAAGGUAACAGUGGGGGCAUCAUUUUUGUCUCAAACCAUUGCACUGCAGGAUUCUACAACUGUCAAGUUUGAGAUAUGGGAUACUGCUGGGCAGGAAAGGUAUGCUUCCCUAGCACCUCUUUAUUAUCGAGGGGCAUCAGCUGCAGUUGUUGUGUAUGACAUUACAAGCAUGGAAACUUUUCAAAAAGCACAAUUCUGGGUCAAGGAGCUUCAAAAGCAUGGAAAUCCCAAUAUUGUGAUGGCUCUAGUUGGGAACAAGGCUGAUCUUGAAGACAGUCGGGCUGUCGAAACUCAAGUUGCUAAAGAUUAUGCGGAUGCCAAUGGUAUGUUCUUAAUUGAAACUUCAGCAAAAACAGCUGACAACAUAAACCAACUAUUUGAGGAAAUUGCAAAGCGUUUGCCUCGAACAACUCCAUUGCCAUCAUAAGAGAAUCUUGAUGAUUGUGUACUAUAAGCUACUUAGUUUGUGGCUUUGUCAAAACAAUUUAUAUCCUUGCAUGAAAUGUAUAGUGUUCUUGAUAUCUCCUGUGUAAAGCUAUUUUGGCAAAGAGCGGAGAUGUUAUUUUAAAAAAAGAACAUAUUGUAUCUCACUGACUUGACGGUGGAUAGUGAGAUCUUUAUUGACAUCGUCAUUAUGUUUUCUUUUGGAAUGGUGUUUAGGCAAGGACCUAAUGUUUUGCUAGUUCUAUUAUAUUAUUACUUAUUUUAAA